AGGUAAUGUAACCUGCUCAAAAGAUCAAUUUAAAUGUAAUAGUGGCAAAUGUAUACCGUCUAUAUGGCAAUGUGAUAACGAAAAGGACUGUAACGAUGGAAGUGAUGAAGAUGAACAAAUAUGUCAAAAAAAAGUAUGCAACUUAGACGAAUUUACCUGUAGAUCUGUUCCUGGAGAAUGUGUUCCUUUAACUUGGAUGUGUGAUGAUAAUCCAGAUUGUUCCGAUGGAAGCGACGAGAAGUCUUGUAAUGAAACGUGCCGAUCAGACGAGUUCACCUGCAAAAAUGGAAAAUGUAUACAGAAACGAUGGGUUUGUGAUUUAGACAAUGAUUGUGGUGAUAAUUCAGACGAAAUGAAUUGUCCAAAUAUAACCUGUGCUUCUGAAUUUCAAUGCUCACAAAAAUAUUGUAUUGCCGCGAAAUGGCGAUGCGAUGGGGAAUACGAUUGUCCUGACGGAAAAGAUGAAUUGGGAUGCCCUAAACAAUCUAGUAAAAUAUCGUUCUGCCUGCCGGAAGAAGCUGAAUGUCAAGAUAAGUUCACAUGCAUUCACAAAGACUGGUUGUGUGAUGGUACAAAAGAUUGCCCGGAUGGUUCUGAUGAAGCUGCGGAUAACUGCUUAAACGUCACAUGUAGGGUAGACCAAUUUAAAUGCAAAGACAGGUCGUGUAUCUUCGGGCAUCUCCACUGUGAUGGAAACAAAAAUUGUCCAGAUGGCAGUGACGAAGAAAAUUGUGACUUGCCAGCUCCAAAAUGUGAUCCAAAAACUCACUUCGACUGUGGUGGAGGGCAGUGCAUUCGAUUUUCCCAAGUUUGUGAUGGCCGCCAAGAUUGUCCCAACUGGGAAGAUGAACCAAAAGACCGAUGUGGUGUCAACGAGUGCAAUGUAGAUAACGGCGGCUGCUAUCAAAAAUGUGUCGACACCCCAGCAUCGUUUUACUGUGAUUGUGAAGUUGGAUAUAAACUUGUAGAUAACAAAACGUGCAAAGAUAUUAAUGAAUGUGAGAUACCAGGUACCUGCUCCCAGUUGUGUAUAAACGACAAGGGUGGAUUUAAGUGUGAAUGUGAAAGUGGUUACAUGAGGAGAUCCAAGAGACUUAACAAAGUGCAAAGCAAUAGAAGGCCACGCAUCUCUUUUGUUUGCCCGAAGGAGGGAUAUUCGUAAGAUCUCUUUAGAUCAUCAUGAGAUGACCAGUAUAGUAAAUGAAACUAACUCAGCGACUGCUUUAGAUUUUGUAUUUAGAACGGGUAUGAUAUUUUGGAGUGACAUUACUGAUAAGAAAAUAUACAAAGCUCCUAUAGAUGAAGGCAACGAAAAAACGACUGUAAUAACCAACGACAUAACAACAUCUGAUGGAUUGGCUGUGGACUGGAUCUACAAUCAUAUCUAUUGGACAGAUUCCGGUAAAAAUACCAUAGAGCUUGCUAAUUUUGAUGGCAAGAUGAGGAAAACUUUAAUAAAAGAUGGACUAGAAGAGCCAAGAGCUAUAGCGUUAAAUCCCAUGGAAGGAUGGAUCUUCUGGACAGACUGGGGUUCUAUUCCUAAAAUAGAACGCGCUGGUAUGGACGGUUCUCACAGACAAACUAUUGUAAGUUUCGACGUCAAAUGGCCAAACGGCUUAACACUUGAUUUAGUGAAACGGAAAGUCUAUUGGGUAGAUGCUAAAUUGAAUUCUAUAUCCUCUUGCGAUUACAACGGGCGAAAUAGAAGACUUAUUUUAUUUUCGACUGAUGCAUUGAAGCACCCAUUUUCUAUAACAUCAUUCGAAGACUGGGUUUAUUGGACUGAUUGGGAUAAAGCAGCUGUUUUUAAAGCUAAUAAAUUCACUGGUAAAGAAGUACAGCCAGUUACUGCUACAGAAAUGAUUCAAAACCCGAUGGUGAUUCACGUUUACCAUCCAUACAGACAACCGGACGGUGAAAACCAUUGCCAGGCUGUCAAUGGCCAUUGUUCCCAUCUGUGCCUACCAGCUCCACAAAUCAACCCAAUGUCUCCGAAAAUUUCGUGUGCCUGCCCUGAUUCCCUGAGAAUGUUAGACGACGGCCUGACAUGCGUCCAGGAUGAAAACAUUACUGCAUCUACCUCGAAUUCCGUGAUAAAUCCUGAAAUAACCACCAUAUCUGUAGAAUUUAUACCAGACAACUUUACAACUACCUCUUAUUCUGUGAGCAUUCCCGAAUUAACAUCAAAACCUGUAGUAGUGGUUCCUAAGAGUACAUCAAACAAGUCUCAUCCUAAUACGCCGCAAACUGAAAGUACCGACAAUGGUGUUAUUGCUGGCAUUACCAUCAUGAUAUCGUGUAUAUCGGUCUCAGUUGUGGGAGGGGUGAUAUACUUCCUCUACAAGCAUCUGAUGCAUCGCAAUAUGGCAUCAAUGAACUUCGAUAACCCAGUGUACCGGAAAACCACCGAAGACCAGUUCUCCUUAGAAAAAAAUCAAUUUCAGCGUCAGACGCGACCAUACUUAAGUACUGUGGGAGAAGAGGCGCAAGAACCUCUAACAAAAAUUUAUCGAACUGAUCCAGUUUAA